UAAAACAUUCUUAAGUCUGAGAAUGUUCUCAAGUCUGAGAAUAUUCUCAACUCCCCAAUUCUCAGACUCAGCCGCCGCCAUAAAAAAGUUGAGCAAAAUAAAAAUUCUCAAAUUCUGUUUUAUUCUCAAAUAUUUGAGUAUACAAAAAAGUAGACUUAAGAAUUUUCUCAAGCAAACAAAAUGGCUGCCAUUGUCAGACGUCGGCGUCGCAGAAGACAGAACGCGGUUCCAAUGAGGCGGCCCCGUGUUUUUCGAGACCUAAGUAAUCCUCUUGAAAGUCUUGAUGAGGAAGAAGUGUAUCAAAGAUACAGGUUUUCUACAGAAACCAUUCUGUUUAUCGUGGAUGGAGUCAACAACAUCCUAGAGACAGACACUGCCAGGAAUCGGCCGAUUCCCCCGCUGAUCCAGGUGCUCCUUUUCCUACGAUUCGUGGCCACCGGGGCACACCUGCGACUUGUUGGGGACAGUUUGAAUGUGUCCGAAUCGUCUGCAGGAAGAGUGGUAAAAUCUGUGGCAAGGGCAAUUAUUGAGGUGUUCACACACAUGAUUAAAUUCCCGGUGGGUGACAUGGCCAGUAAAGUCAGGGAAGGAUUCCGCCGAAUUGCAGGAUUUCCUAAAGUUCUAGGUUGUGUUGAUGGAACACAAAUAAGAAUUUCCACACCGUCUGCAAAUGAAGCUGACUUUGUAAACAGAAAAGGAUUUCAUAGUCGAAAUGUUCAGUCUGUAGACAUUUAUUUAUUAAGAUGA